GCUUGGGCAGGUUUCAACGUCGACUUCUUCCCAACUUCUGUUCUCCAUCAUCCAUUCGGCAGCCUCGCAGCAACCGAAUUCUUGCGACCGAGACCCGGCGAUGGACUCGAGGAAGCACGAAGCUGACGAGGAGGAACAGGCCUUCUUGCCGCAGGCCGGAUUCCGCGAAGAUGCCAACGCCGACGGCCCCUCGGAGCAGCCCACCCGCCACAAAUCUCGGCGAAGGCAAGUGACAUGGUGGUUGAGACUGCUUCUGGACAUCGGCAUGGCGGUCACGAUUGUGUACUUGCUCGUCUUCAAGCCCUUCGUUGUCAGCCGCGAGACCAUACGCAGGACGCCGGUACCUCGGUUCCCGCGCAAGAUAUACACAUUCCGCAACAACCCCAAAUAUGUCAAUGACGACAUGUGGUUCAACGAGUCGCUGACUCUCCGCACUCUCCACAACUGGAUCGAGUUGAGCUCAGCAAGCCGAGGCUACAUCGUCGUGGACGACGCCAGCCGCUAUGACCUGCCGGAUCCGUACACGGUACCGCUCGACCGGCACCGGGACGGACCGGGGUACAUGAUGACGGUGUUCCACCAGCUGCACUGCCUCUCGUACCUGGCCGAGCACUACCAGCGGGGCUACGCCGGCGCCGACCUGACGGAGGAGGUCGCCCACCACACGGCGCACUGCUUCAACUACCUGCGCCAGGGCAUCAUGUGCUCGGCCGACACGACGCUCGAGGGCAAGACCGAGGAGGGGCCGGGCGAGGGGUCGGACCACGAGUGCGUCGACUACGACGCGCUGCUGGAGUGGGCCAACGAGCACGCCGCCAUGAAGUGGCGCAACGGCCUGAUGCCGGACGAGUCGACGCUCUGAUGGGUGCCCAGCGCGGUGAUCGUUGUUAGCCUGGAAGAUGUCGAUGAUACGCUCGAGUUAGCAAUCCACCAGCUUUAUCAGUCUGAAGGCACUUAUUGAGCCAUCACACAUGUACGCCCCAAACAGGACCGCCGCUCCAGGUGAUAC